ACUAAGUCGUCUGCUUUAUAAACAUAAAUUUGAGGAAGCAGAGAGAUUUGCUAUUCAAUUUGCUUUGGAUGUUGAGCUUGUGUACAAAGUCAGGCUUAAUAUAGCUUUGGAGAACCUAGCCUCAAGUUCCUUAGAAGCUCCCAAUCUAUCAACAUGGCAAAACACUGUCGAUGAAGCAAAAGCAGACUUGCACAAAGUACAGGAUGAUGAGUUUGUAGUGAAAUAUUGUCUGGAUGUUCCUUGGCCAACUUUUGAACUGACUUUGGAAAUGUUAAAUUAUGCCAAAAAGCGGAUUCUAAAGAAAGAAGAUAAGAAGUCUGUUGGUUUGACUGAGAAGCAAGCUUUGUGGCUUGUAGAGGUAUUGAGAGCAGAAGCACGGCUCACUACAUUUCAUGAAGCAUAUGGGCCUGGAAAAUUCAGUGGUAUUGCUUGGAUCAAGUUUGUAAACAAUGAAGAACUUUUUAAUGAUGUUCUGUUGCAGCUUCAGGAGGGAAAUCUGAAAUGUGCAGAGUACAUUUGGUUAAGGCACCAGGUGGAGUUUGAAAACAAAUUUGAUUUGAAAAGACUACAGAAUUUCCUAGAUUCUCUCCCUGCAAGCCUCCCUUCACAAGAACUAAGUCUCUGGUUCAGAAAUGUGAUAAUUCCCUUUGUCUUGAGGAUUGUUCCUGAGGGAAAGAAAAUUCUGGCAAAAUGGUUGGAGCACAGAGCCCGGAGUCUUGAACUAACUGAGAAGGCAAGCUGGCCAGAAAAUGGAUUGCGGAUGGCGGAACUGUACUUUGUAGCGAAAAAGCCAAAUGAAUUUGAGCUUCUUACAGCUGGACUUUGGAUUCCAUUUAAAAAAGACAUGGAUUGUGAGGAAGUGUACCAGUUAAAGAUAUUGGUUAACAAUCUGCAGGAGCUCGUUGAUCUCCACAGAAAGUAUAACUGCAAACUGGCACUUUCAGAGUUUGAAAAAGAAACUACAGCAACAAUUGUAUUUCGCAUGUUGGAUAGGGUUCUGGCUCCAGAGCUUAUUCCAUCAACCCUUGAAAAGGUUAUACAGCCUUAUAUAGCAAGGCACAACUUACAGAAGGAAGAGCUGCUGUUGCAUUACAUAAAGGAUUUGCUAGAACGAUGUAGUUCACGUUCAGCCUCUCUCUUUGAAACUGCAUGGGAGGCCAAAGCCAUGGCUGUACUGGGCUGUAUGACUGAAAUUGAUCUAAUCUUUGACGCAGUGCUACAGAUAAUGUAUGGAGCAGUAGUGCCUUGGAGCAAUGCAGUGGAACAGCUUGUCAAGCAGCAUUUGGAAAUGAAUCAUCCCAAGGUGAAGUUGUUGCAAGAAAGCUACAGGCUUAUGGAGAUGAAGAAAUUGUUAAGAGGUUAUGGAAUACGGAACUUUGACAUGUUCAAUGAUCAUGAGAUAAUGUGGUUGGUAAAGUUCAUCUUGAAUCAGGACCAGUCAUCAUCAUUGGAUGAUGCUUUGAAAGUGGUUCAUGCCUACCUGUUGUCUCCGGUUGAAGUCUAUUUCCUCCACUUAAAACACUUAGCAUCUAAUGAUGAUAGAGAUAGCUGCCUCAGUUUGCUGAAGUCUCUUACAUUGGAGGAAGCUGAGAGCACCAUAAUGCGUUUAAUCACUUGGGCACAGUUGAAAAUCCAAACUCAACCUGAAGAUCCUGAGUGGAAGAAGCAUCUGGUGUCAGUUGCAAAGACAAUCGUGGAGAUUAUUAAAUUUUUGCUGAGGAAUCAAAAGGGAAAUACUGUACAAAAGGAAACAUAUGAAAACUUUUUAAAUAAGUUUGAAACAAUUGCAAAUUUACAAGUAAGUAUUCUGUAA